AACCAAAAUUUUCAUUCACCUUAGGGUGAAUAUGUCAUAUAAGGUAAUAAAGCCAAUCUUGUAAUAACAUAUAGAAUUAUAGAUAUGAUUCUAUAAUUAAUUAACCCAAACAAUAAGUAGAUAUCUAUAUUAAAAAUCAAAUCAAAUCUAGUAAUCGGAAAAAAAACGAACCGUCCCUUUCUCCACUCAAGUAGUUAAAUUGGUUCUGUGAAGGAAGAUAAAUCCGCUGUUCCUCUCCUCUCUCUCUCUCUUCCCGUUUUCACUUUUGUUCGUUCUCUGGCGGCCGAUCCCGUCGCUCGCUACCUUUUAAGAUAUUUUUUUUAUCUAAUGAACCUGAAAUUGUAAUUAGGCAUAUAAUUGGGGAUUAUUUGCUGAAAUUCUCAUUUCUAGAUCGAAAAAAGCGAAUAAUUCGUUUUCAUUUGAUUCUUGCCUAAUCUUAGGGUAUGUCCUCCCCCUUGAUCUGUAUAGUUUUUUUGAUGUUGUGAUUUGUUAGGGUUUGUGAAUUAAUUGUUUCAGAUUGGGUUUUGCUCCUUUUUCCAUUUUUGUCUGCUUUAGUUUAUAGGUUAGGUUUCCGGAUUUUGUGUUGGAGUUUCUAAUUUUGCUUUGAAUUGGAUUAUUAGCCCAUUACGUUUCCUAGGCAUAGACAUUGAUCAAUUGCACGGUGAAUGUUUUAACUUUUUAAGCUGUUUUGAUUUCCUUAAACUGUUCACUGAUUACUAUUUAUGUGCAGUUUAUGCCCCCAUUUUUGAGUAGGGAUGUAGAAUUUCUUGAUUUAAAAGCUUUAAUAAUAUGGUUUGUGUGUUUGUAUAUGCAGGUGUCUUUAUUUAUCUACCAAAAGAAUGUCUAAUUAUCGAGGAGAUGAUGCUGAGUACAUGGAAGACGUAGAUGAUGAGAUGGAAGAUGUUGAAGAUGAUAUGGAUGAGGAGUUUCGUGGUGAUGAUCUUGGUGCUUCAGAUUCUGACGUUGAAGAAUUUGACUAUUCGAACAAUAAAGUAGCUGAUACCACGGCUGAGCAAGCUCGGAAAGGGAAAGAUAUCCAGGGGAUUCCGUGGGACAGACUUAAUAUUUCUAGAGAGAAAUACAGACAAACUAGAUUAGAACAGUAUAAGAAUUAUGAAAAUGUCCCUAAUUCUGGAGAAUCAUCAGAAAAGGUUUGCAAGGUCACACAGAAAGGAGGACUAUUUUAUGACUUCUGGCGGAAUUCACGAUCUAUUAAGUCUACUAUACUACAUUUCCAGCUGAGAAAUUUGGUAUGGGCAACUUCUAAGCACGACGUGUAUCUUAUGUCAAAUUUUCUGGUUACACAUUAUUCUUCUCUAACGUCUGGAAAGCAUGAAGUUCUCAAUGUCCGUGGUCAUGUUGCGCCAUCUGAGAAACAUCCUGGAAGUUUACUUGAAGGAUUUACGCAGACUCAAGUAAGUACACUUGCAGUAAAAGAUGACUUUCUGGUUGCUGGCGGGUUUCAAGGAGAACUUAUUUGCAAGCAUCUUGAUAGACCGGGUGUCAGCUUUUGCUCUCGUAUGACUUAUGAUGAUAAUGCUAUAACCAAUGCUAUUGAGAUCUACAACAAACCCAGUGGUGCACUUCAUUUUACUGCGUCAAAUAAUGACUGUGGAGUUAGAGACUUUGACAUGGAGAGAUACCAGCUUGUUAAGCAUUUCCGUUUUCCUUGGCCAGUGAAUCACGCAUCUUUGAGUCCUGAUGGUAAAUUACUGGCUAUUGUUGGAGACAACCCGGAGGGCCUUAUUGUAGACCCCAACACAGGAAAGACGUUGGAAACACUAUCAGGACACUUGGACUUUUCCUUUGCCUCUGCGUGGCAUCCGGAUGGAGUCACUUUCUCUACAGGAAACCAAGAUAAGACUUGUCGUGUAUGGGACAUCCGUAACCUAUCUCAGUCUGUUACUGUCUUGAAGGGUAACCUGGGAGCAAUCCGGUCAAUCCGCUACACAUCAGAUGGAAAAUACAUGGCCAUGGCUGAACCGGCUGACUUUGUCCAUGUCUAUGAUGUCUCAAACGGGUAUGAAACAGAGCAGGAAAUCGACUUCUUUGGGGAAAUCUCUGGAAUAUCUUUCAGCCCUGACACAGAGGCGCUAUUUAUUGGGGUAUGGGACCGCACUUAUGGUAGCCUCCUUGAGUUUGGUCGGCGCAGGAACUAUUCCUACCUUGACUCGUAUCUUUAAGCUAGAAGAGAAGUAUACACAACCCUGUCCAAUGAAGAAAAGAGAGCUCAUUCAGCAACCAGUGAACAUGACAGAAGCAAAGCAUAGAUAUAUGGAUAUCUCAAAGAUGUAAAUGAUGUGUUGUGCAAAUGCUAGUUAGUUAGUGUCUUUUGUUUCCUUCUCCGGCUGGUGUGUUAUUUUCCUUAUGUCUGGUUAUGUCUGGUCUCAAAAGGUUCAAGAUGUGUACAGAAAGGGCUGGUUCAGUGGUGGCACAGACUGGAUUAGGACUUGAGGGUGGCUCCGCAGCGGGUUCUGGAUUCAAAGUCGGGAGGAUCAUUGUUGUUGUGUUUGGUGGCUUGUGAUCUUUUCUUUUUGUUCCUUGUACUUGUGGUUGUUGUAGGAACUCGAGUGUUUAGAUCCUGUUCUGAGUUUAGAAUUUGGAGAUACUUAACUAAAUUAAAAUAAAUUAAUAAUAGUCCUUUGUUCGUUAUAAUUCGAUUACAAACCCUA